AUGAAGUUUCAAAUCACCGUCCUACUCGCCACGCUCGCGAUUUCAGCCAAUGCCGCACCUCUGCAGCUUCGGGCAGACAACAGCCAUCGAGUCGACCUUGGACAAGACAUUGGGCUGGAUGGAAAGCAAUCUAUUGAGAUCGACAGACGCGUGGCGCCAGUGGCUGCGGGGAUUUUUGGCGUGGCUGCAGGCUCCAUAGCGAAUGCCGUCGCCACGGGUGCAACCAAAGGAGCGACGUCUGGGGGUGUACGUGGUACAAUUAACAAGAUCUUCGGCUCAGGACAAAAGCGGUCAGCCCGGUUUGAAGAAACACAAUGA